AUGGACAGGCAUCUGAGGGACAGCUCUGGGGUCCUGAACAUCUCGAACUGUACGGGAGCGGCCGGGGACACCCUCCGGCCCAAGAUGGUGACGGAGAGGACGGUGGUGGUGGUGGUGCUGGCCGCCCUGACGCUCCUCACCACUCUGGUGAACAGCGGCGUCAUCAUGGCCAUCUGCACCACCCGGAAGCUGCACCUGCCGGCCAACUACCUCAUCUGCUCGCUGGCCGUCACUGACUUCCUGGUGGCCAUCCUGGUGAUGCCGCUGAGCGUGCUGUACAUCGCCACGGAGACGUGGUGGCUGGGGCAUGCGCUGUGCGAGGCCUGGCUCAGCCUGGACAUGACCUGCUGCACCUGCUCCAUCCUGCACCUGUGCGUUAUCGCCCUCGACCGCUACUGGGCCAUCACCAACGCCAUCGAGUACGCCCGCAAGCGCACCGCCCGCCGGGCCGCCGCCAUGGUGGGCGCCGUCUGGGUCCUGUCCGUCUUCAUCUCCGUCCCGCCCCUCUUCUGGAGGCAGAGCCACGGCGCCGGCGACCACGCCCGCUGCGUCAUCGAGCACGACCACGUGGGCUACACCAUCUACUCCACCUUCGGGGCCUUCUACAUCCCCAUGACCCUCAUUCUGGUGCUGUACUACCGCAUCUACAGCACCGCCAAGACGCUGUACCAGAAGCGCGGCUCCAGCAGGCACCUGAGCAGCCGCAGCAUGGACAGCCAGAACUCGCUGAGCCACUGCCGCAUGGCGCACGCCUUCUGCGUGUCCGACCUCUCCAACUCCGACCCCACGCUGGAGUUCGACCGGCUCAACGUCACCAUUCGCUUCCCGCCCUUGGAGGGGGAGCCGGAGGGGGCCUGCGAGAGGAACCAGAUCUGCACGUCCCGGGAGAGGAAGGCGGCCCGCAUCCUGGGGCUGAUCCUGGGGGCCUUUGUGCUCUGCUGGCUCCCCUUCUUCAUCAAGGAGCUGCUGGUGGGGCUGCGCCUGCUGCACCCCUCCCCCCAGGUGUCCGACCUGCUCACCUGGCUGGGCUACAUCAACUCCCUCAUCAACCCGCUGCUCUACACCAGCUUCAACGAGGACUUCAAGCUGGCCUUUAAGAAGCUGGUCAGGUGCAAAGAGCAUGUGUAG